CCAUGCUAUCCCUUCCACCAUGGCGAUAGCCAUUGUAAAAGAAGAAGAAGACGGAUAAAUAUUCAUCUUGCACGUAUGUCGCGAUGGCUGCUCCAGUGAAAAAGCGUGAAAUUCAACAAAAGUUGCGCGAUGACGAGAACCGCGUCUCGUCCAGCAGCGAAGACGAGGAAUAUGAGAUCACGAAUGAGCAGGGAAUGGAGUUUCAAGUGGAUUUUGAAGGUCGCAAUCCACAAGAUCCAGACUAUCAUGGAAUUCAAACAUUGCUGAAACAACUUUUUCUCAAAGCACACAUUGAUUUGGGUGGACUGACGGAUUUAAUAAUUUCUCAAAACUACGUAGGAUCAGUUGUUAAACAGUCUGAAGAGAUAGAUGAAUCUGACGAUGAGGACAAUGACGUCAAUGACGUAUUUGGUAUUACAACUGUUAUUAAUGUCUCCGAUAAACAGAACGUUGUGUGUAUACAACAACUGAGACAUUUACUGAAACAGUUGGCAGAUGAACACGCAACUGACGCAGUUAAUACUAUGAUAAAAAAUAUAUUGGAAAACGACGCGGCGCAAUUAGGUUUGUUCAUUAAUGAAAGAUUUGUCAACAUUCCCGCCAAGAUUUCAGUGCCACUACUUGAAAACCUAAUUUCUGAACUAAAACGUGCCAAUAGCAGAAAUAUGCCAUUCAAUUUUUCCUAUUAUAUACUUAUAUGUAAAUUGUAUAAGUCCGAAGAUAAAAAAGCCGAGAAAAAGACGAAAAGCAAGAAUAAAAAUGCCGGUAGUGAGCAAUCGAUAGUGUGGAGUAAUCCAGAGGAGGAGAUCUUUGCGGAAAAUGCAAUUGUUAGUUUCGAAUUUUCCGUCGAAGAAGAAGCGGACAGUGGUUUAUCCGGAACGUGGACGGAAACAGAUGAUGAGAUGGUACCUUACAGACGAGUACUACUUUUUGAAGCUUCGAAAUUGCAAUCGAUAUUUGAGAAAAUACAGAAUCAGUUUUCUUAAUUAGUUUCAUAAAUAGUGUCAAUAUUUUCGUAAACGAACGAUACGGCUAAAUCCUGUGCAAAAAAACUUCCUAUUUAUGAACAGAUAUCCUUCUUAAAGAUAGUUUUUUAUAUAUCUGCAUAUAUAUAAUAUAAUAAUAAUAUAACAGUACGUUACAUUUUUAUAACAUAUGUGUACAACACUUAUACUAUAAACUAUUUCUAAGAAUUUCACCCAUA